UAUUAUAUAUAUCUGUAAUGUUAUUUAUCUUAUUAUUUAAUGUAUUUCAAUAUUUUAAAAUGCGUUUAGGUAAAGAAAAUGCUAUACAAGUACGUGCGUGAAUGCUAGUGCGCCAUUGGUUGCUUGGCAUCCUCGUUUCUAAUGAUGGCAUAUAAGAUACCAUCCGAUUGGUUGUAUUUCCACGGCAAGCAAGGAUAGACGGUAUUAUUCUAACCAAUUAGAUCACGGGUCUUGUAAGUAAUUUCGACUAUUUUACACGAUACUUGGCGAUAUGUGGAAUGAAGACUGUUUCGACAAUUUUGGCGUUCUAAAGCAGUUUGAACGGUAGAACGAAGUGGUGAGCAUGAAAUUAGUGUGUCACAAACAAAUUGCGCAUGUAUUUGUACGUAUACUGUAGGCCCUCUUCACCUUUGGCCGGAUUGAGGGUAUUCGAUAGCAAGUAUUGAACGUAAGCUUAGCAAGGUAUCCAAGCCGAAAGAGGACACUUCAAAUGGCGUUCUCAAAGUUCAUUGUUCGCCACUUGGUUUGUUGUUGCCGAGGAUUCUCGAAGUGGCGCUGUCUUUAGUUAUUGUUCAGUAUAGUAUUUCUUACGGAAGAUUUUUGUAAACUACUCAGAAAAAGUGACAACAGGGUUAAGCAUCCUUCUGUCAUCCGGCCGUGCUUCGGCCGUCAGUGGAAUUUACGUUUUGCAGCUAUCAUUCACACCUAUUGAGAGAUUGGCAGCGACAUUUUAGUGUGUUAAUUAUCGAACGGUAGCGUAGGUUCACAGUGAAACCGUGCUCCAUUUUGACGAUGAUUCGCCGUGUUUGCGAGUUCGAUUUCGAACUAUAUGUAUUUGUUUGCUACGCUCAGUCUUUAUUUCUAUAAAUAAGCCCUCAUGUGGUUUCCUUCAGUGGAAAAUGAGGUAUGGCCAUGGUGGCUAAGGCAUGUGAACUCAAAUUAAGGAAAACAACCUCCACAUCCAAUGAUGUUACAUUACAAGUAAAGUAGGAAUAACCGUAAUGGAUAACUAUGAUAUAUUUGGAGAAGAUGUAGGAGGUGGCAUGUUGGAUGGUUUAGCUGAUCUGGGUGCUGACAAUUUUGACCCUGCGCCCCCACCCGCGUCAGCAGCAUCAAGAGAUGGUCCUGGGGCGGGAAGUGCAUACGUACAGUCGUACGGACAUCAGAUGUCCAGUAUACAGCAAGAGUCGCCCCUUCAGAAGUUGGCUACCUUUGGGGGUGAUUUUGCUUCUUCAAACCACAUUGACUCGUCAUCUCAGAAUGUUUUUCAUCAGAACCAGAGUGGAUACGAUGGUACCAGGCCGAUGUGUCCCCCGAAUGCCAUCGGAGCGUAUCAGAGUCACGUAAGGACAGUUACGCCUCAACAUGAAAUGAGGAGGCCGCCACAUCCUCAGGCACCCACCACCAACCAGUAUGGUUCGUAUUGUCCACCCGAUAACAUGUAUUCGAUGGAACAACAGCAAGGGUUGGGUGAUGCAGGCAUCCAAGGCUGGAGCAAUGCCCCUGGUUACCCAGGGGCCAUCAGGCACUACAGUCAAGUGAGCCAGGCAGGAUACCGGCAGCAUCUCAACUACCCGGUCCAGCAAGACAGCCAGCAGAAAAUUGCUCAGCAACAGUACUCUGCAAAUCAACAGAGCCUCAUGAAUUCAAUGAUGCAGUCCAUUCCAACACCAGGGUACCCGAUGACCCAGCAGCAGCGCAUGCAGUCUACGCUAUCUCAGCAGCAGUGCUACCCACAAAGCUCUCAGAGCAUGGUCUACCCAGGCACUAAUGUACCUGCGUCCAUCAGCCAGUCGUACAGUGGAUAUAAUCCUCUGCACCAUCAACAGUCCACGAGGAUGCCCCACCUAAUACAAUACCCUCAAGGGCAACAGCUGGACAUGAACACCCCUCAGUCCCAGCCGCCUCAGCAGCCACCUCAGCAACAACCACCACCUCAGCAGCAGCAACAGCAGCCGCAGCAGCAGCAGCAGCCCCCACCGACCUACAACCACAUGCAGCCAUCAGCUCAGAUGUCUCAUCACGGUGUUCCGAAUUACAGCCAGCAACACCAGGUGCCUAGGCCUAUCGGUAUCGAAGUUUCAGGAGCGACUUCGGGUACUCAGUACGCUCCCGGGUCGCAGAAACAGCACGGGCAGCCUUUGGGAGGAGCGAGUCCUCAGUACAGGGCCCCUUUCCCGCAGCUGUCCCCUCAGAUGUCGCCUAGGCCCCAGAUGUCCCCUAGGCCUGCGCAGCAGCAACAGCAGAUGUCGCCACGACCUGUCAUGUCUCCUGCCAAGCCCAGCACUCUGUCCCCACACCCUCACUCGCAGUCCACAUUGUCACCUCGCCCCGCUACGUCCCUCACCCCGAAAUCAUCCACGUCCUCACCUGCACCGCUUCCUGUUCCUUCCUUUCAGCAGCAGAGCACGUUGCAGCAACUGGAGCAGAUGGUGAUGCCGUCUUCGAGCGGCAAUUCCACAGACUACCCUUCGUAUCAGUCUCGUACCCCGAUUGUUUCGCCCCAACAGUCCAAUCCUUUGUCACCGGCAGUUGGUCCUCGCAUGCCCGUCUCCCCCCAGCAAUGGCCGCAUCAGUCGUCGAGGUCCGUCACGGUUAACGGUGGAAUGGGAAUGCCGGAUCCCCAGUCCGGCCAGGGCGUACCAUCGUACGUUCCUCACACGGCCGAGUCCAGGAUCAUGGAACCGUUGAAGCCACCUGUAUCGUCCAUUGGCGUGACUCCAGACAUCGCCAUUCCUCCCCUCACCAACUCUACACCCGCACCUCCGACAUCUGAUGCGACCCCAGGUGCAUCUCUACCUCAGCCAGACUAUGGAGUGGGUGCACAGCUCGGAGAUAAUUACGUGAGUGGUGAUAGGAACAGAAGUGUUACUAAUAGCAACAGGGAAGAUGGUAACAUGAACUCACGUAUUCCACCUUCGCUGAAGACUGGACCGCAGACCCCGCCGAGUUUGGACAAUCCGCCUAAUUCGUCCUCUGUGGAGGCCACCCCCAAGAGCUUGUCAGUCUUGAACAACACUUCUCCGCCGAACCCCAGCUCCGUGAUAGUUCCCCAGCAGACAUUGGGGCAGGCACAGCCGUCUUUCCCGGAGUACAACCCUGCGAGCGGAGGGCUGGGUUACCCCGGCAAUGCCUUGGACAGCAUGAUGCAGUUCAACGCGGGUUUGGACAGCGUUGCGCCAGUGCCCGACCCGAGCGCGGAGGGCUUGCUGGUGUCGUCGUACGGACCGCCGGGGAUGCCCUCUCUGUACUCGCCGAUGAGCCACCCGCAGGAGAUGGCUGCUCUCCAGCAGCAGUUGCAGGAGAUAUACUGCAUGCCCCCGGCACCUGAUCACCAAGAGAAGAUUGCCCGGUUUCAAGAACGCUUGAGCAUCCUGCAGCAGCACACUGCAACAGAGCAGUGUACGGGUGGACCACAUUGCAGAUUGCUGCAGGAUCACGGCAUGUAUGGUCCCCCCAUGUUGGGUGAUCCUUUGGCACAGGUGUCAAGUAGCACUGCUAAAGGAAGAAGUAAAGCUAGGAACACAAACAGAAAAAGCAGGAAAAAACAAGCGCAAGUGCCACCACCAAUGUUGCCCCCACCACCGUUUGACGGUAUGGGCUUGAACAUCCCGAACAUCCCGAGCAUCCCGAACGUUGAGAGCAUGGUUGGUGGUCUGCCCAAUGACGUCGGCAUGUGCAGCAUCCCAAGCAGCAUCAGCAUUCCGAGUGUCGGUGUCGGCAGCGUGGCGCCAAGCGUCGGUGACGUGGGCCCGGUUAGCAGUGCCCCGCCCCUCGCUGUCGCGCCCGAUGCUUGCCCUGUCACGAGUGCAGCGCCGGCCCCUGUCACGAACUUUGACAGUGUGGUUGGCACGGGGAACGAAAGUGAAAUGGAAGCUGGGAAUUUUGCGGAGCCUUCGGAUGACGCUGGGACACCGUUGUCUGCGGACGCCAAACCCAAGAAACCUAAGACACCGAGGAAACCUCGAGAACCGAAGAAGCCCAAGGAACCCAAACCACCCAAGGAACCUAAGCCUCCUAAAGAACCUAAACCACCCAAGGAACCAAAGGCACCUAAAGUGCCUAAAGAACCGAAGAAAAAGAAAGAAGCAAAAUCACCAGGUGAUCCUAAAACUCCUGCUAAACCAAGAAAGAAGCCCUCCAAGAAGAAGAAGGAAGAGAGUGCGGGCGAGGCUGGCGGCGAGCAACAGCCGGAUGCCGGCGCAGAGGACCUGGCGGUGGCUGUCGAGACGGACGGGGAGGGCGGGCCGGAGGGCGAGCCGGCCGACGCCGCCGCCCCCCAGGGGCAGGACGUUGGGGCGGAGGAGGUCCCGGCGGAGGACGGCGAGGAGCCCGGCAGCCCCAGCAAGAGCCCGUCGGAAGUCUCCGUCAAGGCGUCCCCCCCGCCCAAGAGGUCGUCCAAGAAGAAGUCCAAAGUCAGGUCUGCCUUUCCAUCCAAGAAGUCCUCCAAGAGUUCAUUUGGUUCGAGUAAAAAGAAGAAAAGACUGGGCGGUGGAGAGCUCUCUGAAGCUGAGGAUAUCACUGCGACUCCCCCUCCGUCACCUGAUGAUGAUUUGGACUCCGCAAAAAAUAAGCGCCGGUCAGCAAGAAACACUCAUAGAAAGAAGUACAUUGAUGACAUAAUGUUGAGUAUAUCGGAUGAAGACAGCCCAAAGUCAACUCCCAAAAAUGAAUCUUCUAAGACAUCUGAAGAUUCCAUUGAUCCUGCUGUGAAGCCAAACUUUGUCUAUAUUAAUACUACAGACGAGGAUUCCAUGGUGGUGCAGUACAUACUGGCGGUUCGAAAGGGAAGGAGAGAACUCAAAGUAGGCAGCUUACCGCCGCAAGCAGAAAACGUGGCUAGUUUAGAUAAACCUGUUGAGGAUUUAGAGUUGGGGGAGACAAAGUCAGAAGAAGUCAGCAAGGAGGAUGGCGAUGUUGUAAACGACGAGCCAAUGGAAAUUCAUGACAAACCUGAAGUGAAUGGUGAAAACCAAGAAGAUGCGGCAAAGGAGUUGGAGGGGGAGACUGAAAUGGAAACAGAAAUAGAACCAGAAAUAGAACCUGAGAUAGAAAGAGAAAUGGAACCUGAGAUGGAAACGGAAAUGGAGACCGUGCCUCCCGUCACAAAGUACGACAGCGAAUGCAGUGAUGUUAGCAAAAGCGAGAAUGCUUCAGACUCGAAGAUUGUGGCUGUGCCUAGUAGUAGCAGUAGCCUUGUUGGUCCACCGUGUGUGUUCAAAGAAAAAUCCAGGGACGCGACAACAAUUAAACCAGACGUCCAGUAUGUUGAAAUUGAGGAGUACUUCGUGAAGUACAGGAAUUUCUCUUACUUGCACUGUGAAUGGAAGACUGAAGAAGAACUUUUCAAAGGAGAUAAAAGGAUAUCGGCCAAAUUGAAGCGCUUCAAACAAAAAAUGGCACACCAUGCAAAUAUUUUUGAAAAUCUGGAGGAUGAGCCGUACAAUCCGGACUACGUGGAGGUGGAUCGCGUGCUGGACGUGGCAGAGCACACGGAUCCGAACACGGGCAAGACCAUCAAGCACUACCUCGUCAAGUGGCGCUCCAUGCAGUACGAGGACAGUACCUGGGAGCUGGAGGAAGACGUGGAUCCCGUGAAGAUCCAGCAGUUCGUAGUUUUCAGCGCGAAGAUGCCGAAAGAAAAGUGGAAGAAGAAGAAACCAGCACCGGAAUCAUGGGUUAAGCUUGAAGAAUCUCCAGAUUACAAAAACAGUAACACACUCAGGCCAUAUCAGCUGGAGGGUCUUAACUGGCUUCUGUUUUCAUGGUAUAAUGGCCGUAAUUGCAUCCUUGCAGAUGAAAUGGGUCUUGGAAAAACCAUUCAAUCAAUAGCAUUUAUCAAUGAGGUUUUUGAAUAUGGUAUCAGAGGUCCUUUUCUGGUGAUAGCACCACUAUCAACUAUCCCAAAUUGGCAACGAGAGUUUGAGGCGUGGACGAAUUUGAAUGUGAUUGUGUACCAUGGAUCGAGUGCAAGUAGAAACAUGCUGCAAGAAUAUGAAAUAUAUCAUAGAAAUGAUAAAGGCCAACCAAUGAAAGACAUGCCCAAGUUCAAUGUACUGAUCACCACAUUUGAAAUUAUCAUCACAGACUGCAUGGAUUUGAAGGAAUUUCAUUGGCGCCUUUGUGUCAUCGAUGAAGCUCAUCGUCUGAAGAACAGGAACUGCAAACUCCUGGAGGGACUGCGACUGCUCAACCUGGAACAUCGUGUUCUUUUGUCAGGAACACCUCUGCAGAACAAUGUAAAUGAAUUAUUUUCUCUACUCAAUUUCUUGGAACCUACCCAGUUUUCCAGUAGUGAAGCUUUCUUGCAAGAAUUUGGUGCAUUGAAGACUGAGACAGAAGUGCAAAAGCUUCAACUGAUAUUGAAACCAAUGAUGCUCAGGCGACUGAAAGAGGAUGUCGAAAAGUCUAUUGCUCCCAAGGAAGAAACAGUUGUCGAAGUGGAGCUUACGAAUAUCCAAAAAAAGUAUUACAGGGGCAUCCUGGAAAAGAAUUUUUCCUUUCUUUCGAAGGGAACCACUUCUGCGAAUGUACCAAAUCUCAUGAACACCAUGAUGGAGCUUAGAAAGUGUUGUAUUCAUCCUUACUUGCUUAAUGGUGCAGAAGAGCAAAUACAGUAUGAUUACCGGCAGACCAAGCAGUUGUCCCCAGAUGAUCCAGACGGAUACUACCAAGCUCUCAUUCAUUCUUCGGGAAAGAUGGUCUUGAUUGAUAAACUGCUGCCGAAGCUCAAGGAUGGGGGUCAUAGAGUGUUGAUUUUCAGUCAAAUGGUUCGCUGUUUGGAUAUUCUGGAAGACUAUUUGGUUUAUAGGAAGUAUCCUUUUGAAAGGAUAGAUGGUCGUAUCAGAGGAAAUCUACGGCAAGCUGCAAUUGACAGGUUUAGCAAACCAGACUCUGAUCGCUUUGUCUUUCUGCUGUGCACAAAAGCUGGAGGACUUGGAAUAAACUUGACUGCAGCUGAUACUGUCAUCAUAUACGACAGUGACUGGAAUCCUCAGAAUGAUCUUCAGGCCCAAGCUCGUUGCCACCGUAUUGGCCAGCAGAAGAUGGUGAAGGUGUACAGGCUCCUGUGUCGCAACACGUACGAGCGCGAGAUGUUCGACAAGGCGUCUCUGAAACUCGGUCUGGACAAGGCUCUGCUGCAGAGCAUGAACACUGCCCAGGGGAAAGACACCAACAAUAAGCAGUUGUCGAAGAAAGAAAUUGAAGACCUGCUCAAGAAGGGUGCAUAUGGAGCCAUCAUGGAAGAAGACAGUGCAGGGGAUAAGUUUUGUGAAGAAGAUAUAGAUCAAAUAUUGGAAAGACGUACCCAAGUCAUUACUUUAGAAUCUGAAAAGGGCUCCACUUUUUCAAAAGCCAGUUUUGCCUCAUCAGGUAUUCGUUCAGACAUAGACAUUGAUGAUCCAGACUUUUGGAAAAAGUGGGCCAAGAAGGCAGAGAUAGAAGCUGUUGAAGAUGGGGAUAAGAAUGAACUUGUGAUCUCAGAGCCACGAAGACGGACUCAAAUUAAGCGCUACGGUCAUGAUGAGUCAGUUGUGGAUAUGUCUGAGCUAGACAGUUCAUCUGAUAGCGACGAAGAUCCAUCUAUUGGUGUGGGCAGGGGCAGAGGGCGAAGAAAUAAAAACAAACUGGGGAGGAAGGCAAGAUUGAAGUUUUGGAGUGAAGGUUAUGUCCCCAAGGAAGGUGAAAUUGUGUAUGGAAGUUGGGCUAGAAGUGAGUGUUUUAAAGUUGAACGAGGACUUCUCACUUUUGGUUGGGGGAGGUGGAUAGAAAUUUUGACGCACAGUCAUUUUCGCCGAGGAUGGCGAGAGAAUGACGUUGAGGACUGUGCUCGUGUGAUAUUGUUGUACUGCCUAAGGUAUUACAGGGGUGAUGAUAAGAUCAGAAGUUUCAUCUGGGAUUUGAUUACACCUUCUGAAAAUGGUGAAUCUAAGAUUGCAAGAAAUCAUAUGGUAGGUUUGACGACACCCAUACCAAGAGGAGGAAGAAGAAGCAAGAAACAGAUGAAGCGAGAACUGAGAGAAUCUCGAGCAUUUGCUCAGUACCAUAGCGAACAUGUUGAUCCUAGCGACUGGAGUAGACAAGAAAAAUAUGAUGGUGACAUCUUCUUGGAAAACAACUACAAGAAACAUCUCAGCAGGCAUGCCAACAAAGUUCUGUUGAGAGUCAGAAUGCUGUAUUACAUCAAACAUGAGAUAAUGGGUGAUCUGGUUCAGCACAUAACCGAUGGAGUACAUGCGAGUGCCUUGCCGAUAUACCCACCCUAUUGCGAUCAGCCCCCAGUUCCCUGGUGGGACACUGAGGCAGAUAGGUGUCUCUUGGUGGGUACCUACAAACAUGGCUAUGAAUGCUACCCUGCUAUGAGAAACGAUCCAGCACUCUGUUUCCUCGCACGCUGUGGCCCCGAUGUUGGUUCCUCUAUGCUGAUGCUUGCCAAUAACAUGACAGUCAACGACGACGACAUGAGCAAGAUGACGGAGGACGACGAGACGCUGGGCGACACUGACUCGCCGGCCACGAAGGAGCCCGCCGGCGCGGAGCUGAGUGCCGACGUGCAGUCUGUCCCCACCCCGGAGCAGACGGAGUCGGCGUGCUCAUCCGUGGAGCAGCACUCGGUGUUCCCCAAGGAGGACGACGACCCCAGCAGGGCCCCUUGGCCGUCCAUGGUGGACCUGAACACCCGGCUGAGGCGCGUCAUAGCCGGCUACCAGCGCAAUUUCAAGAAGGAGGAGAUGAAGCUUGCCCAGAAGGCAAAACAAGGGGUAGAAGCUGAGCAGCAUGCAGUUAUCAGAGAUGUUCUGAACACACAAGGAUGGGAUUUGCAACAGCUAGCCAUGUAUUUGUGGAAAAUUGAAAGAAGAGAAAAGAUAGAACAAAUUGUAAGAGAACGUGAAAGACAAAGGCUAGAAGUAAAUCAAAGAAAGUGGUCUCGUCGUGAGGAGGCAGACUUCUACAGAACAGUGUCCUCGUUUGGUGUGGAGUAUGACAGAACAAAGGGAAGGUUUGAUUGGACGAAGUUCCGUACAAUUUCUCGUCUUGAUAGAAAGUUUGACGACACCAUGACUGAGUACUACAAAGCAUUCUAUGCAAUGUGCAAGAAGACAUGUGGCCUGAAGCUGACAAUUGAUGAAGAAUGUAUUGACCUGCCUGUAGAACCAAUAAGUGAGGAAAAAGCUCGAAAGUGCUUGGAGCGAAUAGAGCUUUUAAACAAAAUAAGAGAGGAAAUCCUCACACACCCCAAUUUGGAUGAAAGACUGCAGCUGUGUGUGACGUCGCCUGAUGUACCUGAUUGGUGGAUUCCGGGCAAGCAUGACAAGGAUCUCCUUCUCGGAGUCGCAAAGCAUGGUUUGGGAAGAACUGAUUUCUUCAUUUUGAACGAUCCUGAACUUUCCUUUGUUGAAGUGUUGAGAAAACAUCUUGCCUUAGAUCAGCAAGGAAUUUUCAAGAAAGAAAGCAUCAAACAGGAAGAGGAAAUAAAAUUUGAAAGGCCAGAAGACAUUUUGAAGUCCGGAAAGAAUGAGAUAAUUGUUAAACUUGAGAAAGGCGAAGGAACAUUAAAGAUUGAGAAGAUAGGGGUGAAAAAAGAGCCUAUUGAGAAUGAGAAAUGUUCAUUUGAAAUAGAAGACAUUAGCAAAGAUGUUGCAGAUGAUAUUUCUCUUGUUCCCUGUGUUAAAGAAGAACCUGCAAGGAGUCAGAAAGACCCUACAGAUGGUGAAGCUUGUGCUGAUUUUUCUCUGAAGAAAAUACUGGAAAACUUGCCGGUCCAUGCUGAAGAUUCGGAUGACACAAAUCAACCAGUGGGUGAAGAGCAGAGUGAAGAUGACAUCCCUCUUGCUGCACACUCGGGCAGCAACUCUGCCAAGGAAAGUAAACCGGAAGAGUCUCUGAGUGAAAGCAUGCAGAGCUCUGUGCAAGCCGAAGAAGAAGUUAAAGAUAAGAACGGCACUAUUUUCCAGGGGAGCUCUCCCGUGCCUCCCGAAUGUAACCAGAGCCAGAUGGAAACAGAAUCUUUAGGGAAUGUAGAAGCAAGUGAAUGCACUGAGUCCACUGGUAAUGUAGAGGUGAACGAAACGAAAGACUUUGGCCACAAGGGAAAAGGGAGGGAAGAAGAAGAAGAAGAAGGUGGGAGUGAAAAACUGCAGGUAGAUACUUUAAACACGACCGAGACCAGUGCGAGUGAAAGAACCGAAGAAAAACAUUUCAGUGAUGACAGCAAAGAUAACAAUGUGUGCGAGGUGCAGCUUGCUGCCGAUGCAAGCGUGUGUGGUGCAGAGAAGAGGAAAGUGAAAUGUGAAAGUGAUGUUUUCUCCGAGAAGGAUAGUUGCAGUCUGGAUUCUGCCCCAUCCAUUAGAAGUAAAGUUGGGGUGUGCAGCUCGCAAGCAGCUGAAUUGAAAGCCAAGUUCCCAGAUCUGGAAGUUAUUCAACCUUUGUCACGACUCGCAGAAAUAGACACUUUUGUGGUUGGAGCUAAGUCUGCGUGUGAGCCAAUGGAUUAUUCAGAGCCCACUGUUGCACAGCUAUUGGCUCAAAGCUACCAGAAUCCCAUCAAGUGGCCAAAGGACUACGCCAUCCAGACCCGCCUGCAGAACAUCAUCCACGCAGUGGAGCACGGCGAGUGGCCGGCCGUGUGCCUGCCGAGCGCGGCGAGCAACAGCGCCAGCGUGGCGAUGGGGGCGGGGCCCGAGUCUGACCUGGGCUGCAACGACAACCCGGACGCCACCCCGAAGAGGGACACGUCCACCCCCCGGUCCGUGUCGGAGGGCUCGGAAGUGAUCACCAUCACCACCGACCACGGCACGCCCAAGAUGCCUCCUGCCAAGAAGAGGAAGAGGCACAUUGCUAUUGACGUGGAGACUGAGAGAGCCAAACUUCAUGCUCUGCUAAAUAACAGCAAUACUAGUAGUAGUGCAACGACCACUCAGCAGCCCAUACCGUUGAUGAAACCAUCACCUUUACACUGGGAAACCAAUGAAGAGUCUUUAUCUGAGGAAUCAAGGCGUUCGACUCCGGUAGCUCCUGUUACUCCGCAACCACCUCCAGCACAUCAGCAAUGUCCACGAGUCUUAAAUAUGCCAUUUGAUAAGUACCAUCUCCCUUCGAAACCCAUGGGUCCAACAGUGAUUCCAGGAACAUCUAGCAUUUUAACCCCGAUAGAUCUCUCCUCAGGACUACCCAAGAUGACCACACCAGACAUUCCUAAAACAAGCAAAGAGUUCAUGGAUGAAGUGCAGGACUUCUCGAUGCCAUCAAAGAAUAAGCAGAAGAGCAGCAGCAAGCUUGAUGAUAUGCUGGGGAAAUUGAUGAAGAAAAACAACUGCCCCGCGGAGGAACCCGUCGUGGGCAAGGAAAAGAAACGCCGGAAGCUGGACGAAAUAGUGCUGGGGCUGUCGGCUGCCAAGGAACAGAAGUCGGACCCCAAGAAGAGCGCCCCCAACCUGACGUCCAUCGGCCCGAGCGUGACGGUGACGCCCACGUCGUUGAGCUCGGUGCUGGGGUCGUCUGGCGCCGCCACCGUGCCGUCCUCCAAGCCGUUCACCAUCACGGUGACCUCGGUGCCGUCGCCCGCCCUGCCCGGCUCGUCGCGAGGCGGCCUGGGGGUGCUGCCCCCCCUCCCCGCGCCCAAGGAGAGCUUCUCCUCGCUGCUGGCUCACGCCGAGCAGCAGAACCUCCUCCUGAAGAAGCAGCAGCAGCUCCCACAGCUGGCGCAAUCUCAGAGGAAAACCUACGAAUCUAUGAUCGCCGAUCUGAGCAAAGUAGCGGACAUCUCUUCCAAAAUAAACUCCUACUCCCACGAAGCUAAGGUGAACAAGUGGCUUGCUGAGCAGACGUCUCUCAUGCCGGAGCAGCCGCUGGCUUCGGACUACCUUUCAGCCCCGAGGCGCAGGAGACCUCGUGUUGAUCCUUCGUUGUUGGAUUGGAAAAAGUUGACGGGAGAAGAAAAUGUGUCUGUAAUUAAUCGAAUGACUGGGAAGAAGAUUACUGGAACGAAAGCACCCCAAUUAAAAAGGCUUGCACAAUGGCUUCUUGAAAAUCCAAUGUUUGAUGUUGAUCCGAAGUGGGCGGACUUGGUGAAAGAGAGGGGCAAUUUGCCUCACGACUUGCAGAAGAGACUUCCACCAGGGGAACGGAAGAAGGGUCCCGGGCGUCCGCCUCUGAUGGCGAGUCCACCCGGACAGCAACCGUCUGUCAGCCAAGCCAAUCUAGCCACCUCGAUGGCGUCAACAUUGCCUUUCCCUUCGUUGGCAUCUGCUGGCUUGAGCGGUCUAUCUGCAGCAGGAUUGAAUCCAACUAGUCUUUUGUCGGGACUCUCGUUGGGAGGUUUCGAUCCAAAAAAUAACCCGCUUCUAUUGCCGUUCGGUGGAAUGCCCAACAUGAGUGCUCUGGGAAGCAUGAGUGGGUUAGGUAACUUGGGUAACAUGAGUCUCACAAAUUCUUUAUUCGCCAAUCUUGCCGGUCUCGGCAUUCCUUCCUUGACCGGAAUGGACACGGGGGAUGUCGGCUCCACUGCAGCCAACAGUUCAAGCAAGGGAAAAUCUCGUAAAUCUUCAGAGUCCGAUAGAGGACACGGCAGUAGCAAACCGCCUCCGGUGUCAUCCGCUUUACCGUUUUUCUUUCCGAACCCUAGUCUCUUGUACACUCCUCUCGGUUUGGGUAGUCUGAAUCCGUUCUCCAUGCAGCCCGGGGCCAUGUCCUCUGCGUACGACAGUCUGGCCCAGCAGUGCGGGCUGCUGAACGGCAGCCUGGGAGCGAGCGGCGCGCCCACGCCCGGUUCCCAGUCGGCCCCGUCGAGGGCGGGCGGCCACAAGCAGGGCGGCUCCCGGGCCUCGACGGUGACUUCGUCGAGCUCGGCCAACCACAGGCACCAGCGAGCAGCGACGCGGGAGGCCCUGGACAGGCAGCAGCAGCAGCAGCUGCAGCACCUGCUGCUGCCCCACGACACCCACCUGCUGGACAGCCUGAGCCGCGCCACUUCGCUCGAGGCUGCCAUGCGCAACGAGAAGAGGGUCCGCGAGGCUGCCGAGGUGGCUCGCGGCGAGAAGCGCGCCAGGGACUUGGAGAGGAAGGAGGCCGCCGAGAACCUCAAUCGUAACUCCAUCGUGGAUUUCACCUGUAGGCUAGACGAGAGACCUGCAAAAAAAGUUAGGAGUGAAAUGGACCGCAAAGACAUGGUCGAAAGUCUGAGUCGUGGCUUCAUUCCCGAAAUUCCUUCACGAAACGAGGACUGGCUUGCAAAAAGUGUUCGUGAGGCAGAAAUGAAGGAAGCACUGGAAAGUCUUUGUAGGACUUCUGCCGAAAUACUUGCACGUACGUCGGAGGAGAAGCUCGUGAAGCACUCCAGAGAUGCAGCGAUGAAGGAGGCCUUGGAAGGUCUUGCAAGAAAUGCCGUGGAGGUGUCUCGAAGUGAAGAGAGAGCUUGUAAACAGUUGAAGGGACCCGAGCAAGAAGUAAUGGAGGAGAGAUGUAACAGAGUUGAGGAUACAAGUUCGGUAAUUGCAUCUCCAACUCUAGUUCCGACACCAACUCCGGCCCUUAUCUCUGUCCCUACGCCUGCCCAUGCCCCUGCUCCUGCCCCUGCCCCUGCCCCUGCCCCUGCCCCUGCCCCUACCCCUUCCCCUUCCCCUUCCCCUAUCCCCGUUCCCACUCCAGCCCUAACCCCCACCCCCGCCCCCGCUCCAGCCCCUGCCCCGUCCCCGGCCACUGAAACUGCGGUGGACGUAGAGACGCUCUUGCAGUCUUCGACGGUGGCUAAAUGCGGGAACGCGCCUCCCGACGACUCUGUACCCGGAGCCUCCGCUGUAGAAACUCUGGCGGUGGAAACGACACAUAGUGACGAGCAGAAUCUCUCAGUGGCGUGUGACAAGCCCACCAAGGAAGGGGAAGACGCCGGGGAGGCGGGAGGUUCCCGGCCGACGCGAUCGAGCAGCGGGGGCCGGCGGUCGCGGGCGAGCAAGCGGCCGAAGCCAGCUCCGGCCCCCAAGCCGGAGGAGGCGUGUGACCCCCCGGUGGAGCGCAAAGUGCUGCGCAGCAGUGCGGGCCGAGCUGCGGCAGCUGCAGCUGCGCGUGCGGCUGCAGCUGCCCGGGAGGCGGCCGUGCAGAAGGAACUACAACUCAGUGAUGACACCAAAGAUAAUUCAAAUAACACUCUGGUCCAUUCAGAACCAGCUGAGGAAAUGAAUUUUGACAAGGAUAUAGACACUAGUGAGAAAAGUGAAGCGUAGCAUUAAAAUAGCGUUAUCUCUCUAUUGUGUAAAGUUGCAUCAUUUUGUAUUAUUUGUGGUUAUUGUUUGUUUUUGUAUUAAUUGACUGCAUUCUGUGAUAGCCUUUUCCAACCAGUUUUACCUUACGCUGAGCAUUCGAUGUUCCCUUGAUCAAAAGUUAAAUCGUCUCACUUUUUCCUUCUGGUUUUAUAGGAUGUUUUUAAGUAUUAUCAUGUGUUGAUAAUUUUUUAUCGCAUACUACAUUUUGUACCGUAUUAUAUUCUGUCCUCUUUUAUUUUUAACUUAUUAGUGUGCCCUUCAUUUAACUGCCACGUACUGCUUUUGUGGUACAUCUUUUGAAUUUAUCGUAUUUUUAAAAUGGUAUAUGAAUUAUUUUAUUGUAUUUAAUUGAAAGGAAACAAUAAUGUUGUUAGAUAAUUAUGUAGAUGUUUGGUGAUAAUGUUAUGACCAACACUUACACAGUAUUGAUAAAAGUAUAUGUAUAAAGCAGGUUCCUGUGGUGCUGAAGCAAAACUUGUUACAUAAAUGCAAAAUGUUUUUCGAUUGAAGUAUUGAUUUAGUGUGAAAAUGUCUGCACCGAUCUUUCAUAAUUGUUGAGCAACAUUUUUGCUUUCUUGUAAGGCCAUUUUAUAUAUAGUGUUAUCGAGGAGAAAUAAUACUGAAUCAAAUAUAUUGCUAUGUAAAUAAAUUAUCUAUCAGCAGGUUGUACGGAAGUCAAUGUAAAAGGGUAUACACAAAUGGCUGAUGUUUUAUUUAACUAUAAUAUAUAUUAUAUGUAGUGAAAUGAAAUACAUAAUGCUGUUACGUAGUGUUAGUGUGUAAUUUAUAAAUAAGACUUUUCCUUAAAACCAAGUGGUAAUUUCUUAUCAUGUGCACUAUUUAUUUUUUAAAUUUUAAUGAAACUGCAUUUAGUAUGCUGUGUGUCUGGGAGGGAAAAAAUAACAAAUACAGUGAAGACUUAUAUUCAUCACACUUGGUGAAUCAGACAUGGUGACAAAUCCUGUAUCUCUCUCUCCCACUUGGUUCGAGGGUAAUAAAUAAUGAACAAUGUUUUAUACACAGUGAUGGGAGGCAAAGCUUCAGUUGUCAGUUGUAAAUUGAUGUCAAAACCUUUACCGCCACAGGUGAGUAAAUGUUAAUAUAAAAAAAGUAAUAAAUACUCUCACAGUAUUAUGUCAGUCAUCAUGGUUCUUUUAGUUUAUCCUGUUAAUGUGGAAGACUUCUCGAAUAUCAAUUACCGUUUGUUGUUCCUUCAGAUCACAUUUAAAGGAAAUGGAAGAGAAAUCAAACACUGGUACAAAUUAGAUCAUUUUAAGCCAUACUUAUGGCUUUAAAAAUUUUAUUAGAUAAAAGAAUUAAAGUUAUAUUUAAAAUACAUAGUAGAAUUUUUUUGCAAAUACAUUAACUUCUUUAUUUCGGUUUGGUCCUUCUCCGUGUAAUGAAUUCUAAAAGUGUUUGAACGCAGUAACUUGUAAUCUGCAGUAAUCUUUAUCAUAUCUAAUUAUUGUUAAUUUCAGAAAAGUAUAUUUUAUUGUUGCUGUGUUACUUGGAAUGGGCUUGUUAAACAGUUAGAGAUGUGUGUGCGAGUGAGUGGUCCUGUGUUCUCGCAAUGUUGCAUUACAUGUCGUACGUGAUUUACGUAAUUACGUAGUAGUGUACGCUGCACGAGUUGCUAGCAGUCGUGUUUUCUUGCCAAAAAGGGAAACCAGAGAAGUUCACGGUGCCUUAGCCUCGCUUCCCAUCAGUUGGCACCUAUGCUUUCUCUUUCAACUAUUUAUUCCCAAUACAUUACUGUUCAUUCUCAGUAAGGAACUGUAAGAGCAUGUGAAAUGUGACUUUUGGAAUAUUAAAUAGUUCUGUGUGGACGUAA